AUGCCGCCCCGAGUAGCACGCAGCUCGAUUCAAAGCGGUGGCGCUUCAAGCAAAGGCAAUGCGAAAUCGCGAAACCCUAAGAAAGCGCAGAAGCGCGCUCUCGACGCCUUCUCCAUCGCCCAGUACGAGAAUCCCGACGAUGCGAAAGUGCGCAAGAACCGCCUAGGCGAAUUCGACCCCGCCUUCAACCGCAAGCGCGCGCGCGAUGACGACGAAGAGGAUGAUGAGGACGAGGACGAGGAAGAUGGACCCAAACGGCGCAAGAAGAAGUCUGGUGACGAGAGCUACGACGAAGGAAGCGACUCCGAGGGCAACACCUGGCAGAUGGGUCACGUUGAAGACGACGACGAUGACGAGAGCAUCGAUUCGGACGAGGCGUUCGGUGAGAGCGACGAAGAACGCUUCGAAGGCUACACGUUCAGAGGCAGUUCCAAGAACCACAAGGGAAAGGCAAAGAAGUCGAAACGAGAACAAGACAUGAUGGACGAGGAUGGCGACAUCGAUCUCGACGAGGGCGACAGUGCAGACGGAGAAGAGGAAGACGAGGACGAUCUUGGCGAAGAUGCUAUCGAUCUGGCUACCGCCUUGGAUCAAUACGAGGAGGAUGAGGCCGAGGAGCGAAGGGAAAAAGAGAAGAAGAAGAAGGCCUCCGCAUUCGACGACAGCGACUCGGAACCAAGCGAAGGCGAAGACCCCGCAGCAGAUGGCGCAUCUGACCUCUCGUCCGACGAAGAAGAUGAGGAUGACCGCCAGGCGCAAUUGCAGAACUUGAUCUCUUCGUUGGCUUCGCGGGAAGAUGACAAACCCAAGGGCAGGAGAGUGGACGUCCAUGAGUCGGCUGCACCGGACGAGUUUGGUGUUUCCCGCAAAGUCGAUCUCCUCAGCUUCAAGCCCAAGGUCGCAGACGCGGAGAAGAAGAAGGCGCUCAAGCUGCUGCAAGACGACAAAUCAUCGAAACGAAACGACAUUGCUAGGAAACUAGAUGCACCUCUACCGAAGCGACAGCAAGACAAGCUCGAUCGCGCAGCAGCCAACGCCAAAGCGAACGAGACUCUCGAGCGGUGGACCGACACUAUCAAGCAAAACCGCCGCGCCGAACAUUUGAUGUUCCCUCUCCAGAACCCUACCGGGGGUGACAUGGGAGAGAAGACACUUCUUCCAACAACGACCGCCGCACCUACGAAUGAUCUCGAAAGUACGAUUCAGUCCAUCCUCCAGCAGAGCGGGCUAUCCAACGGCAAGGAAGACGAGGAGAAGAUACAAAAGUGGGAAGAGCUCCAGACGAACAAACUACCAGUCGAGGAGGUCCUCAGGCGACGCGCUGAACUGCGAAUGCAACGAGAGCUAUUAUUCCGUGAAGAGGUUCGCGCCAAGCGCAUCAAGAAGAUCAAGAGCAAGUCUUAUCGGCGAGUGCACCGCAGGGAGCGCGAGAAGCUGCUGGAGAAGGAACGUGAGCAGCUCAAGGCCGAUGGUGUUGAUCUGUCCGAGGAAGAGCGUGAAUACAAUGAUCGCCGGAGAGCCGAGGAACGCAUGGGGGCUAAGCAUCGCGAGAGCAAGUGGGCUAAGGGCAUCAAGGCUACUGGAAGAGCGAACUGGGAUCAAGAUGCGCUCGAUGGUGUGACUGAGAUGGCCAGACGGAACGAGGAGCUUCGUCGUCGCGUUGAGGGCAAGACCGUGCGCGAUGACGAUGAAGAAGCAUCUGAUGUGCCAAGCGAGGAGGAAGAGAGCGACGAUGACGACGACCAAUCGGACAACGACGCACUACAACAAUCUCUCGGCAAGCUCAAGUCGAACCCCUUCUCGACUAAGGAGUCUAAGCUCGGUCAGAUGGCCUUUAUGCAGAAGUCCGAGGCUGCGAAACGCGCACAGAACGACGAAGCUGUUGAAGCCCUUAGACGCGAGCUUGCGGGCGAAGACAGCGACAAUGCCGAAAUCGAUGAGAAUGCUACCAAGGCAGGACGGAGAAGAUACGGUCCCAACGCGGACGUGUCAGCUCCGGCUAUACAGAUCAAUCGCAGCGAGUUCGAGGAGCACGAAGGUUCCGACGCAGAGAACGAAGCUAACCCGGACGCGGAAGGCAAAGAGUCUGUCGCGGACACAGCAUCAUCUAGGAAGCCCACCAAAAACAACGGCUUGAGCGGUCUUUCGAAUGGUGCCCGCAAAGAGCGCAGGGCUGCCGCACCUGUAGAGAAUGGCAGCGGAGAGUCCAACCCUUUCUUGACUAAGGCGAAGAAGGAGAAGAAAGCCACAACAGAGCCUGAGCUAUUCCCAGCCACAAGUAGCACGACCACCGCUACGCAAGCUAAGGCCGGCGCUUCUAAGCCUACGCCCAAAGCCAAACCUCAAAAGAAGUCGAAGCAAGCGGCCAAACCUCAAGAGACCAAGGUCGACGACUUCUUGAAGCAACGCGUCACCACGGCCGAUGACGAUGGUUGGGCGACUGUCAUUGGUGGCCAAGAAGACGAGGACAUGGACGAGCAAGGCAUCGAAGACGAAGGUAUCGAUCUUGACGUUGUCAUGCGCAACCAAGCUCUCACAGCGAAGGGCUUCGCCGGUGAUGACGUCGAAGCCGACUUCGACGCCGAAAAGAAAGCUACCAUCGCAGAUGAAGAAGCAACAGAAGAAGUUUCUAUCCUCCCUGGCUGGGGCUCCUGGACCGGCGACGGCAUGUCCAAGGCCGAGAAGAAGCGUAACCUUGGCGCCAAAACAGUCACUAAGAAGCCCGGUAUCGAUGCCGAUAGGCGGAAGGACCGGAAAAUGGACAAGGUCAUCAUCAAUGAGAAGAGACAGAAGCCUAAUGUCAAGUACAUGGCUAGCCAGCUACCGUUCCCUUUCGAGAACAGGGAACAGUAUGAGAGGAGUUUGCGCGUGCCGAAGGGCAAGGAGUGGGUCACGAAGAAGACGCAUCAAGACGCUACGAGACCGAGGGUUAUUGUUAAGCAGGGUGUUAUUGCGCCACUGCGGAAACCGCUGACCCCUAAGAUAGCGUCGAUGGGUCCAUCGCAAUCGCGCGUCGGCGACCCCCGACCGGUUUCGAAGUCUUCGAAAUCUAGCAAAAAGGAUAGUUGGUUCGGAACAUUGCGCGACACACGCAGAGGCAUCAAGACCUCACUAGGCUACAACGGCUCGACCGUUCCCGACGAGAUACCUCCCGAUAACAUCUUCACGCCUAUACAGCAAGACAGCAUUCUUCCGCAGAUACCGAUUGGCCGUCAUCACCCAGUUCCUAGAACGGGGGUGGAGGAUGACGACAAGACGACUCUGCACACGAACAAGUUCUACGCCAACGCAUUCCUAGGUCAGCAGAACCAGCCUAUUUGGACACAUCCCUACUCGAUAUGGUGGGGCAAGUCGGCAUCGGAUGUGGGAACGGUGCAAACAUGGGGCAUGUGCGUGAGCCAUAUUGAGGAGAAGGAUUUGGUCUUCGAACCGGGACACCCUGCGAAGGGUUACAUCAACCCGCUACACAAACAGCACCUUGUCCUCAGCGCCGUCGAACUCGAUGCUCGCACUACCCUUACCACAGACACUCAUCUCCCUUUCUCCGUCAACAUCAACCUCAACGCGCAUUCAACGCCUAAAGAACCUAAAAUUAUCUUCCCUGUUGUUCAAGGCAUGAGCUUCGUCACAGCUGGCUAUCGAGAUGCAACGCCUAUGAUACAGACUGGCGGUCGUGGCUUCGUAGACGUGGUGGGACCGAUCAUCAUGGGCCGCACAGUCAAGUAUCGUCUGAAAGACAAGGACGGAGCGUGUUGGGCCAUGUACAUCAACCCAGUAGCGAGCCUCGACUACGACGCCACAAAGUUCGCCAGAAUCAAUGCCAACACGCUUGUCGGUCCGCCAGCCUUCAAAGGCACGAUCCAAGUAGCAAAGAACCCACUCGGCGCAGAAGGAGAAGCCAUGUACGACAGAGCCUGCGGAGCCUUCGUAUGCGAAGCCAGACUCACCGCCGUAGUACCGGAUGGCAAAGGCAUCUACACAUUCCGCUACACAAAGAUCGGCCACUCACCCUUACUCAUGUUCGCCCUACCGCACCACAUCCAAUCCCUCGACCCCGAGAUGCGAAACCAAAUAACCAACCUACGCCUGCGCACCACCACCAAAGGCAUAGCAACAGCCAUCUGGGCCGAAAAGCUCACCUUCAUCGAACCCGCCAUCCCCCUAACCAUGCACUUCGGCCCCUGGAACCCCACCAUGAGCGCAAACGCCAAAGUGCGUUAUCCCCCCGAAGUCCUCGCCUUCAUCGCCGCCGUCGCAGAACGCGACCUCCGCCGCGCAAUGACCGACCGCAUACCACAAGACUCCAUGUAUUUUGCCGGCAAAGCGCUCUCGAAAUUCGCAACCAUCGUCUGGGUCAUCAAAGAUGUGUUGAACCACGAAGCCAUCGCCAACGCUGGCCUAGACAAGCUAAAACAAGAAUUCGCACGCUAUGUUGAAAACCAACAGCGUAAUCCGCUUUACUACGACGACAGCUGGAAAGGCGUCGUCUCCGCCGCUGGCUUCACGGACCCGAAUGCUGAUUUCGGGAAUACGUACUACAACGACCAUCAUUUCCACUACGCGUAUUUUGUCUACACAGCUGCUGUGAUUGGGUAUUUGGAUCCCGAGUGGUUGAGCCAAGGGGAUAACAGGGCGUGGACGAAUAUGCUGGUGAAGGACUAUGCGGAGAGUGAUUAUAACGGCCGGGACUACCCUUUUCAACGCGCGUUUGACUGGUGGCAUGGACAUAGUUGGGCGAAGGGGCUGUUUGAGAGUGCGGAUGGGAAGGAUAUGGAGAGUACGGGGGAAGAUGCGUUUUCUUGCUAUGCGGUUAAGAUGUGGGGGAGGGUUAGUGGGGAUGCGAAUAUGGAGAAGAGGGGAAACCUCCAACUCGCCAUCCAAGCCCGCUGCUUCAAUUCCUACAUGUACAUCCGCUCCAACAACACAAACCACCCAAACCGCUACACGCAGAACAAAGUCGCAGGCAUCCUGUUUGAGAAUAAAAUCGAUCACGCGACGUACUUCGGUCUCGAAACCUCCCUCAUCCACGGCAUCCACAUCGUCCCCAUUUCGCCGUGCACCAGUCUGAUCCGGCCCCGGGGGUUUAUACUCGUACAAGGAGACUAA